AUGUUGAGGCAUGGUCAUGCGAACCGGUCGCAGGCCUGUGGAGUGAGUGGCGCGUGGCAACCACGUAAUGGCGACGGCAUAACUUGGGGCUGGUUCAUCCGGGAGACAUGGACAUGGAAGGUUCAAAUGCUCGGGCUGAGUGAGUCCGAGAGCACUUGGGACUCGGGAGCUACCAGUGACCCGUCAGCGACCAACUGGACGAGCCACUUGGCUGACGUGCCUGCGAGGCACUUUGCCAAGAAGCUGUACACUGUACCCGUCAGGCCCGCCCCAGGCCCCAUGGCUGCUGGCCUAAAGUCACACCAGGUAUGCCGUCACAGCAGCUCAAUGUUCAAUGUUCUCUUCCGGCACCCGCCCGCUUCAACCUCUCCACCACCAGCAAGCAACUCCGACACCUACAGACCCUCCUCGAAUAAUCCAUUCCUCGUGCUGCUUUACAACUGGUCGCAUCCCUAUAACAGACACCAGAAAAUCAAGCUGCCUCGCAACGUCAUCGCCUACCAGCCAGCGUCUCCCGCCAUGUUUCGAGCACAAGCCGCCGGACCGUUUGAUGAUGUCGUCGCCAAGGCGACCGACGAGAACCUCACCUCCGAGGACUGGGGUGCCAUCAUCGAGGUGUGCGACAAAGUCGCCAGUGAUUCCAACGGGUCCAAGGAGGCCGUCCAGAGCAUGAUUAAACGCCUUGCACACCGUAACGCGAACGUACAGCUAUACACCCUGGAGCUUGCCCACGCCCUAUGCCAGAACUGCGGUAAACCCAUGCACCGCGAAGUUUCUAGUCGAGCCUUUACCGACGCGCUUCUCAAGCUGGCGAAUGACCGAAACACCCAUUCCCAGGUCAAGGCCAAGAUCCUCGAGAAGAUGAAGGAGUGGGCCGACAUGUUCAGCAGGGACCCCGAGCUAGGCAUCAUGAACGAUGCCUACCAUCGCCUCAAGCAGACCAACCCGACGUUACAAGCCCCCAGCGCCCCGCAGAAGCAGGGCCUCACCGACGCCGACAGGCAAAAGGAGGAGGAUGAGCUCCAGAUGGCUUUGAAGCUCAGCUUGCAGGAGGAGGAGCGAAAGAAGGCAACACCGCAGGCGGGGCCCAGUACGCAGAGCAGCGGUACCAGCCAGCAAGAAUCCGCGCCCGUUCCGGCUGUUUCUGCUGGCACCACGGCUGCAACCGUAAGCAGAGUGCGAGCCUUGUACGACUUCGUGCCGUCCGAGGCUGGCGAGCUCGAGUUCAAGAAGGGAGAUGUGAUUGCAGUUCUGGAAAGUGUGUACAAGGAUUGGUGGCGAGGCUCUCUCAAGGGAAACACAGGAAUCUUCCCACUGAAUUAUGUGGAAAAAUUGACGGACCCUACUCCCGAUGAACUGCAGAGAGAAGCGCAGAUGGAAGCUGAGGUGUUUGCUGAGAUCAAGAAUGUGGAAAAGCUGCUGACGUUGUUGAGCGCGUCGAAUACGGCUCCCCGAGAGGAGGACAAUGAAGAGAUCUCGAAACUAUACCACCAGACUCUGGCUAUCCGACCAAAGCUCAUUAAGCUCAUCGAAAAGUACUCACAGAAGAAGGAUGAUUUUACCCAGCUCAACGAGAAGUUCAUCAAGGCACGAAGAGACUAUGAAGCUCUGUUGGAGUCGUCCAUGUCUCAUCCUCCUCAACACAGCUACCAGCAGUACGCCAUGCGUCCGGCCGCUCCAGGCCAAGGCUAUCCUGGUGGCGGAUACCCUCAGGGACAGCCGCCUCAGGAUCCUUACUACAACCAAGCACCCCCAUCCGACCACCCUCACUAUCAAGCCAGCUCUCCAGCUCCCAACAACUUCCAGUCGCAAGGCAAUCCGGCUCCCUUCUACGUCGCCGGAGCAGAAGUGCCAUCCCAGGCUCCCGGCGCCCAACCUCAACAACAGCAGCCUCAACAAUACCCGCCAAGAGAUGACACGCCCAGCCUUGGACCACCCUCCGGGAAGCAGCCGGCACCCGUCAACCCAUCCUCACCUCCUCCGCAGUCCUUCACGCCCUACUCCCCGCAGCCUCCUCAGCAAAACGCCGCUCCUUACUCCCAAAUGCCCAGCCAGCAACGACCACAAAGCACGUACGGCGCACAGGAACUCGCCACCUCGGUCUACGACUCCCCCAUUGCACCGCACAACCCCAAUCCCGCACCCUUCGGGCAACAGCCGUACCAUUCCUACAACCCGCCCGAGCAGGCUCCUCCACCAGCACCGACGGGCCAAGCGCCGCCUCCGCCGAACUCCAUGUCCCCCGCGCCGCUGCAGCCCGGUGGCGCUGCGGCGUACGAUGCUCGUCACGGACUGCCUAGCCAGGCAGCACCGGAGACUCACCCCCCACAGCCGCAGUAUAAGCCGUACGUGCCGCCUGGCGAUGGACCGUCACCGAAUGACUAUUAUAGGCAGGGGACUCCGUACUAG